ACUGGAAGACCUGGGCUCCCGGGAGAUAAAGGUGCCAUUGGGAUGCCCGGACGUGUGGGAAUAAAGGGCCAAGCAGGCGAGAAGGGUGCCCCAGGAGACGCUGGGAUGUCCAUCAUUGGUCCAAGAGGCCCCCCCGGCCAGCCGGGUACACGAGGUUUUCCUGGAUUUCCGGGUCCCAUUGGGUUAGACGGCAAACCGGGCCACCCAGGACCUAAAGGGGAGAUGGGUCUGAUGGGCCCCCGAGGACAGCCGGGACCUCAAGGACAAAAAGGAGAAAAGGGUCAAUGUGGAGAGUACCCACACCGGGGUGAACAGGGCCAGGCUGGCAUCCAAGGCCCACCAGGACCACCAGGCCCCCCUGGACCAAGUGGACCUCUGGGGCACCCAGGACUGCCAGGGCCCAUGGGGCCACCCGGCUUACCUGGGCCUCCUGGACCAAAGGGAGACCCUGGGAUCCAAGGCUAUCACGGCCGGAAGGGAGAGCGGGGCAUGCCGGGGAUGCCGGGCAAACAUGGAGCGAAGGGUGAGCCAGGGACCCCAGGAGCCAAGGGAGAGAAAGGUGACGCUGGCAACGCCAUUGGAGGGGGCCGAGGGGAGCCUGGCCCCCCAGGGCUCCCUGGGCCCCCGGGGUCAAAGGGAGAAGCUGGUGUUGAUGGGCAGGCUGGUCCCCCAGGACGGCAAGGAGACAAGGGGGAGCCUGGAACAGCUGGAGAACAGGGACCAGCUGGCCCCAAGGGCUCCAAGGGAGAACCAGGGAAGGGGGAGAUGGUGGAUUACAAUGGAAACAUCAACGAGGCUCUCCAGGAGAUCCGAACGCUGGCCUUGAUGGGCCCCCCUGGGCUUCCCGGGCAAAUGGGCCCACCUGGAGCUCCAGGGAUUCCAGGCCAGAAGGGGGAGAUUGGACUGCCAGGCCCUCCAGGACACGAUGGGGAAAAGGGACCUCGAGGCAAACCAGGAGACAUGGGCCCUCCUGGCCCACAAGGACCCCCAGGAAAGGAUGGGCCUCCAGGAAUGAAGGGAGAAGAUGGACGAACAGGAAGCCCAGGAGAAAAGGGGGAGAAAGGGGAGACUGGACAAGCAGGCUCCCCGGGUCUAGACGGCCCAACUGGGGAGAAAGGAGAACCAGGUGACCAAGGGAGACCCGGAGCGACAGGAUUGCCUGGCCCCAGUGGGCUCCCGGGAUUUACAGGAGAGAAAGGAGAACCUGGAGAGAAGGGUGACCCAGGCAUGGAGGUUCCUGGGCCACCAGGGCCAGAGGGCCCUCCUGGACCUCUGGGUCUCCAAGGUGUUCCUGGACCAAAGGGAGAAGCAGGACUAGCUGGAGCAAAAGGAGAGAAGGGUGUCCAGGGAGAAAAAGGAGACCGAGGUCCUCUGGGAUUGCCCGGUACUCCAGGACCAAUUGGAGUUCCAGGCCCCGCAGGACCAAAGGGUGAGAGGGGCAGCAAAGGUGACCCUGGGAUGACAGGACCAACGGGGGCAGCUGGGCUUCCUGGUUUACACGGACCACCCGGGGACAAAGGAAGCCGGGGGGAAAGGGGGAAGAAAGGCUCUAGAGGGCCUAAAGGGGAUAAGGGAGACCAAGGAGCGCCUGGAUUAGAUGCCCCCUGCCCACUGGGUGAAGAUGGUCUACCAGUCCAAGGCUGCUGGAACAAGUGAUGCCUCUAACCUUGGAUUGGCCUGUGUGUGUGUUUGUACAUAGAAUAUUUAUUUUUAUACAGUUUUCACUUUUUGAAAAUGCCAGAAGUAUGAUGCAUCUGACAGAUUAUUAAAAAAACAAACCCUGCAUAUUUGUACAGAAAAUACCAACCUCUUCCCUUGUGUUUACAAGAUGUUUUAUAUAAGCUUGUGUCUCUAAUACACUUUUUGUGAGUCCAAUUGUGAUGUUUGCAUGAUAUUUGUGCACACUUAUUAAGUAUUGAAGCUCAAUAAAUUAUUUUGUUCUGGUGCCAAAGGGGGCCAUCCAGCACUCAGGUGCUGGCUAGCUUAUGUGUGAAUUCACGUAAAUAUGGAAGAUGGUGGCAUUUGCCAACCUAGGUGUGUCUAAGAAUAUUUUAAACUCUUAUGGAUUUCUAUUAUUAAAAAAAAAAAUGAAACAUGCAAAUU